UUUUCAAAAUUCUGAAAACAAACGAGAAUGGCUGGUUUUCUCUUGUUAAGUGUUAUCGUUUUGAUGAACCAGCUGCAACUUAUUUUCAGCUAUGAAGUAGCAGUCGAGAACUUGAAAGAAUUAGUUCAGAGAACUGAUUUGUAUGCGUUCCCAGGAAGAAACGCAGACUUGCCAUGUAACAUCACUCCGGAAGCCACAGAUGAUAAUUUGGACCUAGUAUUAUGGUACACAGACAAGUCUCCAUCGCCCAUUUACAGUCUUGACGCCAGACACGGUGGUCUCGAGACAGCAAGACAUUGGAAGAGUGAUGAUAUGGCAUCUCGGAUCUCCUUCAACAUUUCUGGGAGUAUUGCACGCCUUCAGCUAGAUCCUGUUAUGAAACAAGACGAGGGUGCCUUUCUUUGUAGAGUGGACUUCCGCAAAGCGCGAACACGCUACUUAGAUUUGAAAUUAAGAAUAAUAGUUCCUCCAAAGAAGCCAAUAAUAAGAGAUGAAACGCAUCAAUCUCAGCAGAGCUUGAUUGGACCAUACAAUGAAGGUGAUUCACUUCGACUUCAGUGCGAGGUCGCUGGAGGAAACCCACGGCCAAAUCUUACCUGGUGGCGAGAAUCUGUCUUACUCGAUGAUUCAUAUGAAAUAAUAGACAAUUUUGAAGUUAAAAAUGUACUGCAAAUUAUACCGUUACAGCGUCAUGACCUCAUGGCUGCAUUAACAUGCCAGGCAACUAAUAAUGACGUUAUACCACCGUCACAAUCAACAGUUACAGUUGACAUGAAUUUUAGACCGCUGGAAGUUCACAUAGAAGGUGACAAGCGACCUUUAUCAGCUGGUAUGGCUAUCAAGAUUAAAUGCAGUACCGCAGGUUCCCGGCCUCCUGCUGACGUAACCUGGUGGAAGGAAGGUAUAGAGUUAAAAUCAGCCAAAUCCAUCAUUUCAGCGAAUGGUAACUCCACAGUCAGUACGCUGACCUUGAAACCAUCCAUUGGAGAUGAUGGGAAAAUGGUGUUCUGUGCUGCUGCGAAUAGGUAUAUUCCUGGAAGUACGAUAAAAGCCAGUUGGAAAUUAAACGUUAUGUAUCCACCUCAACUCAUCUUAAGAUUAGGAAGAAAAGUACGUCAUUUACCAAUACACGAAGGAAAUGAUGUAGACCUCGAAUGUAUUAUUCGGGCCAAUCCUCCAGUUACAGAUAUUGGUUGGAAGUUUGAACGUAGAGAUAUUCUAGCCAAUCAUACAGCUGGAAUUACCAUUGACAAUAAUACUCUAAUUAUUCACAAAGUGCAACGUUCCAACAGAGGGCGAUACUUGUGUACCGCAACAAAUAGUGAAGGACGCGGAGAAAGCAAUACCAUCUUCCUCCGGGUACAGUAUUCACCAGUUUGUACAUCCACCGAAAACAUAGUAUAUGGUGCUGCUCUUCAUCAACCUGUUGAAGUGACCUGCGAAUUGGACAGUGAUCCGGAGAACGUGACCUUCACCUGGACAUUCAAUAAUUCUAUGAUAAAUAGUGAUAUUUUUUACGUCUAUAGUGAAGGAGCGUCUAGCACACUAACUUAUAUCCCUACCUCCCAAUCUGCGUUCGGAACGCUUACUUGUUCAGGAGCUAAUAAUGUUGGUCCUCAGUUGAAGCCAUGUGUUUUCGCAAUAGUUGCCGCAAGACCGCCGGAUCCUCUGAUAAACUGCACUGUCAUCAACCUGACCCAGACCAUCAUCGCGAUGGAGUGUGUGGAAGGGUUUGAUGGUGGAAUUAGACAAGGUUUCUACUCAGAGGUCUUUGAUAAAGCUCGAAAUAAUUUAAAGUCAAACUUUACCUCUCAAAGUCCGGUUUUUAUUGCUGAUGGACUUAACCCUGGAACACUAUACGUAAUGAAAAUGUACGCCAAUAACUUCCUAGGGAAAAGUGAACCCUUUCUGGCGAAUGUUGAGACUUUACAAGCACCACCAGAACAGUCGAGACAGGAUAUAGGUUGGCAUCUCCAAGUGAAGGUGAUCCUGAUAUCAGGAGUGUCUGUUGUGUUAGUGCUAAUUCUUUUUGUUGCAUGUGCCAUCAUCUUAUUGAAAACUAGGACACCCAACCGAUGGAAAGGAAGAAGAAGGCCUGUUGCACAUCAUCAAAAAUAUUCUGAGCCGCUGGACAAAGAAACCUUUACCAAUGAGGAUUUAUUCAAGGAUACAACGUGCGAAGAAAAAUGCCCGGAUGUUAUACCAGCAGAAAUGAAAUUAUUUGAGACAGCUGUGUGUGGGGCAGAGUCAUCUAGUGCCACAGAUAUGCAUUUAUUUCCGGAAACUUCUGGUACUUUUGUUGUUUUAGCUUCUUUGCCGAAACAGCUAAAACAGUUGGAAUCAAGAUCCGAUAGUCUGAAAACAUCGUUAAAGAAUUCUCCACCUCUAACGAAAGACUUUGGAAGUUCUCAGGGCCAUCAAGAUUCCCUGCUCAGCGAAGAAUGUUUUGACUUACAGGAAGACUACCAGAGAGGAUUAGUUGAAACUUUACUUUCUACGCCCCCUAGAGACUUUCAACAAACCGAAGUUUAAAUCUUUGUGAAUUAAAACUAUCAUAUACGAUGACCUCUAGAAGUGCCUUUAUAUUAUUUUGCUUCACACGUGAUAAGCUUCAUCAAAAUAAUGUGACGUGAUUGAAUUGCCUUCACCACAUCUGGCUGUUUAAGACAUUAUAACUGAAGUAUGCGAAUGUUAUUAAUUUUCAUGAUAGGAAUAACUAAUCUACUUCUCAGAAACCCCUGAGCUUUUACGAUAGAAAAGUAAUGCCACCUGAAAAUUACAUGGUUUUUAUGAUGCAGACAUUUUAAUUAGGUUUCUUAAUAGAACACAUUCCCCG